GAAUACACCGCCUGCACAACACGCCCACCACCUAUUACGUAGGUUGCUAUCUAGCUAUCUAGAGAACCUAACCCUCGCGCCUUACGAUUUGUAGGUAAACUUAGGUACGGUACUGACUUGGAGAGUUACUUUUUUUUAUGAAUGACUCUGGUUGAUGUCGCGAUAACUCAACUCACUUUGUUAUCCACUCAUAUUUUAUCAAAUUUCUCCAAUUCAGACGCGACUACGGAAAACUGUUACACGCAUGAACUGUCAACACAACACAACACAUAUCACCACUUAUACACCCCACAAAACCACAAAACCACAAAACCACAAAACAUACCAAACAUACCUAACGUACCUGAUAACGCGAUUACUUAUUCAAGCUAUAGCACUACACAGUUUUAGGUACCGAGCGACUAUUAUUCGAAGAAGGCUUCAAAACAUCAUCGGAACUCCAAUAUAACUUACUACUUCAUGGACCAUCGACAGUGUUGCUGAUCGCUACUCGUCGCGUUUCAAUACCCUGAGAAACCCUGACAAAACUGCCCGCCAUGGCUCAGGCCUGGCUCGACUCGCUUUCCGAGGACUGGGUAUCUCAACCUAGGUCCGAUACUUCGCAAGCGCACGUACCUAGUUUCAUGAGCCCUAAAAGCCCUAAUGCCAACACGAGUCGCAGAAGCUUGAACUCACCAGCUAGUCGCAUACCGAGAUUCAACGCAGGGAAUGCCACAGGGAGGAAAUCGCAACAAUCGACCCACAACAGUAGCGCUAUUAAUAUACUGAGUGAACGAAGCAUAAACGAUAGUAACAUCCGAGGAGCGCAACGUGGUCCUCCAAAGCCUCCGCAAGCAGCCGGCGCCUCUCAACGGGGACGUUAUCUUCGUCGUUCGACAUCUGCUUCUAGUGCCGCGUCUGUCGUUCAUAAUACCGUUCAGCAUAACAAAUCCCAAAGUUCUUCGCCGUCUAAAAAUAGGGAUAGCGUACCGGAAUGGAGAAGAAGAUUGGUUUAUGGGGAAUUGAAUUAUGGGGAGUCCAAGGAUCUUUUUAGUUCCGCCGGGACAGGAUUAGAAAAUAUCUUUCGACCACCCGUGGCCCAGGAAUCCACGGGGGACGAGUCCGCCGGGAAUGAAGAUGACACGGCCCCGGAGUCAACCUUACCCUCGAGCCCUCCACCCUAUUCGAGGCAACAAACUUGCGACGAAGAAGAAAGCUUCGAACAGUCCGCUGACGAAUCUUUGCUUCGGCAACCUCGUCCGAACCGGAAGCAGAUAAAAUUCCGAAUGACGGAAGAGAUGGUUGACGAACCAAGUAAAGAAGAUGUAACGUUUAACGAGCAUCAUAAUGACCAAGAGGAAGGGAAUGAACUUAAAGUGCAAUAUAACAACAACUCUUAUAAUUUUCUAGGUGACGUUGGCCUAUCACGUCAGGCCAGCGGGCAAAGCGUGAUGAGAAAUGAGGACUUAAGCCCAAUUUUACUAUCACGCCACGACUCUGGAGACGGCCAAGUGAACUUUGCUCCCGUUGAGCUUCCGGCAGAACAGCUACGUAAGCGCCUCGACAACCUUAGGAGAAACCAAAUGUUGUUAGACUUCGAACCUGAUGGCCAUUGGGAACAAGGACCAACUUAUGCUGGCGACGAUACUCAGAAAAUUGACACAACUGAAGACUUUAUCAAAAAUGGAGGUUUCCUAAAUGUCCAGCGAGGUGGGCGUUCGACAGACGGAUCUUUUCGUCAACGCCCCCUUAGUCCCCCGCUGAACCUUGAUACAUCGGAAAUGCUCCCAGAAUCGUCACUUCAGGCCAGCACACCGAAACAGUUUCCAACUGUUAGGAUAGAGCGUGUUGCAUCGGAAGAGAGGAGAGAAGAAUCAAAAUUUGCUCUCAGUCCCGGCUUACCCCCUGCGCCGUAUCCAAGCCCCGAGAGACGAUCCCAACAGUCUUCAGGUCAGAAUGGUAGCCCCCUGAAAUUAUUUGGUCCGUAUGAUACCUUCACCAACCAGACCCUUCUCCGACGUAUAAGCCAGUUUGAAGAUCAAAUGAUAGAACCUAUCUCACGCACAAUGGCGAGCCAAAGUAAUACGCCGCCGACGCAAGAACCCUCUUCAAAACUUAACGGAAGUAAAGGGGUUGCAACCGGGUCUGGUUCAAAAGGGGCUCCACAGGCAAGCUUUGACCUUCCCGAAAAUCUGGACAUUAGCUAUUUCGGAGCUGGGGAACUAGAUGGUUACGAGUUCACUGAAGACAUCACUCAGAAUUCUAUGGAUUACUCCCAGUUGACGAACAAAGAGAAUGUGGCACCUGCGGACGACUCGCUUCCGCCAAGUCAAUUUCUCAAGUUUCAAUUUCCCCAAGACUUAUCCUUUGGUGGAAGGUCUCUUGCCGUACAACGCCGGCGGAAUAAGUUGUUUAGUAGUUCAUUUACUCCUCGGCGCAGCAUCACUAUGGCUAGAGCGGCCACUAAUUUAAAGCCGCAGAGCUCUUCAUAUCCGCCUGGCCCCCUUGGUAGUAUCCAGGCAACGCCACAGAGAGAUAUCUUAGAUGGGAAGAGGCCGCGAACUUCGCCGUCCAAAGAUCCCACUCCGAAAAGAAGGAGAACACUUCACCGAUCAGACAUCGCGUACGGAUUAGAAGACCAAUAUGCAGGAGUAGGUUCUGUGCAGUCUUCACACAGAACCAUGCAAUCGAUUAUGGGAGCACAACAAGUUUCUAGCCAAAGUGAAUCGCAGGGAUCUGUUAGUCCACCCCUUUUGCCAAUGUACCAGGCAUACCGACCUAGGUCGCCAACUCUUGGCCACGGACCGUCAACAUCGCGUGAACGACAACCUCUUGCAACCCUUACUUCAAAUCCAGAAUAUGAACAUGGUGUAUCGGAUAUAUCGAUUCAAGAUUUUGCUGUCGAUGGAUCCGCAAGGACAUCCAUGAAGACUCAAGACUUUUUCGAUGCUGCAGAACAGAUCAUGGCAAUGAUACGAAAUAAAGCUCGCCCGAAGAACGACCUUAGUAGUGUCGAGGAAUCUGAAGCUGAGAUUACCGAACAGCACGACGUAACUGCUCCGGUCGAGGAUGAGAAUUCGUCACAGGAAUCCACACAAGAGCCUUUCUUACGGCCCCCAAGUCGAGAAGGACCUCCUCUUAGUAGAGCACCAACCCACCAAGAAGAUCCAGCUGUUGCAGAUCGGCUAAAGCAAUACGAAGAAGUUAGUGACUUAGGAGAAAUCAUAACGAAUUCAAUGCAUUCCAUGGGGCGAAUCAGGAAGGCUAUCAAUGAGGCUAAUAGCCUUACUGAGUCUAUUAGACAAAGUUUCCUCGCUGAAAACGGAUUGGACACUUCUCCUGAUGAUCAAGAUAUCGUUAGCGACCUUGCCAACGUUAGGAUAUCGCGCAAUCCGGAUUUCCCCGAUUUUGGCGAGGAUACUGUCGAAUUCCCCACGAAUGCGACACGAUCUUCUGGCGCUUCGACUGCGCGCUCCAUACAUUCUAGUUCCUCUCACGCAUCGGAUUCCAAGAGGCUCAUAGCACCAGAUGUCGUUACACCCCUCAUCGGCAAUCAGGUAGGCAAUAUGGUAUUCGAUAAGGAAAGAAACGUCUGGUAUAAGGUCAAACAACCACGUCCUAGUUUAGAUGGUAGGAACGUUCUUCCAUCCGAAGAUAGCGAGGAUCCUUUUGCUAGCAUCCCGGAUCUUUCAGUUGAUACGAUUAAGGAGACGGAGCAUUUGGGUUCAACUGUGAAACAGGAUGUGGAAGACGAUGACCAGUCUCUACAAGAGGAGUCUUCUGCAAUGCCUUCCCCUGCCAAAUCACCUACUGUGCCACCCGAUUCCGUGAAUGACGAAAGCAUGUUGAGCCAGACAAGCGAGGCUUUCGCGGGAAUGAAACAACCCGUGGUAGAGACUGCAGUCGAGGACGAUAAAGAGAUUGAACACGAAAUAAGAAUACACGAAGACCGGAUGCAUAGGUCGAGUUCCUCGCGCCAACGAAGGAAUCUCACAAUUUCGUUCUCAUCUCCAAUCGCUUCCAUUAUUCAAGAUGUUGCUCAUCUUUCCGACGACGACAUCGCGGCUCAAGAAUUAGGUCUCUUAGAUGAAUCACCCGAACACCUGUCAACGAAUAUGCUUAAGCCAGGGGGGCGUUCCAGAGCAUCCAAAUCUGUCAGCAAUUCGGCUAUAGGGUCGAGGUCACGGAGUCGUUCCGCAAGGAAUCUGUCGGUCAAAGGGCAAGAAUUCGUGCCCCGGCCUGUGUCACGAAUAGACGAACAAGAUGAGGAUGCGAACGGGGAGCAAGCAGAAGGCGAAGAGCGUCAGAUCAGCCUUCGCGAAGAUGAGAGUACUAUUUUCCCCGAAGGCAACCGUCAGGGGAAUACCAGCGUGAGCGUCGUAGUGACGCCAGCUCCUACAAAAGCCUCCCACAAUUCGGCAACGCCAAUAAUUGGGCAAUAUGUCGGCACUUUCUCGCUCAGCCCUCUGUCUGAUUUUACCAUGCACCAGGCUGAUCAGUCCUGCGGACUAGAAGUCAGCUAUGUUGUAGGAGACCGUUAUCUCGCUACCGGAGAUGGCUCCAAGAAGAUCAUGUCUAAGGCCAUCCAGAAUCUGGUCGAGAAGAUCACCGAGGUCGAGCCAUUCGAGCCGGACUGGGAGACGAUGCGUGAGUUGGAUAUCAAUGGCAAACAAUUGAAAACGCUUCAUAUGUUGGACGAGUUUUGCACCAGUGUUGUCACCCUUGACGCAUCCAAUAAUGCUAUCGAGCAUCUCGACGGCAUGCCCGUUAGCGUUCGCAACUUGCGCAUUGUCCAUAACCGCCUCUCCGAGUUGACGGCGUGGGGCCACUUGAUGAACUUGCAAUAUGUCGACGUGUCGAAUAAUCAGAUUAGUAGUCUGCAUGCUUUCAGAGAUCUCGUCCACUUGAGAAACCUUCGUGCCGAUAACAACCUGAUCACUGAUCUGGAUGGUAUCAAGAUGCACGAUAGCUUACAAGUGCUCCGAGCCAGAGGUAACCUUCUGGAAGAGGUAAACUUGGAUGGCACGAUGCUACAGCGCCUGACGGAGCUCGACCUGGAGAACAACCAGAUCAGCUCGAUCCAGGGUGUCGAGCAGCUCACAAGCCUCACCUCUAUCAACUUACAGCACAACAAGCUAUCAUCCUUCGCUCCCAGCGCUAACGUCGCGGUGCCCAACCUCAGAUACGUAACCCUCUCUAAUAACGAGAUUACGACCCUCGACCUGUCGCCUUUCACCUCGCUCCGCCUCCUGCACGCGGACCGCAACCGACUGACGACCGUCAGGGGCUUCUCCCGGUGCCGCCGCCUCGACAGCCUCUCCCUUCGCGAGCAGCAAGGCGACGCACCCCUCGACGCGUCGUCGUUCCUGAACGCGGCCUUCGAAGUCCGAAAGCUUUUUCUCUCGGGCAAUUUCCUCUCGUCGUCGUCAUUCGCCCCCUCGGUCGACUUCCUCAACCUGCAGUACCUCGAGCUCGCCAACUGCGGCCUCCGCCGCCUGCCCCCCGACCUCGGCCAGCUCAUGCCCAACCUGCGCGUGCUCAACCUCAACAUGAACGCGCUCGAGGACCUCACCCCCCUGCGCUUCAUCCCGCGGCUCAAGAAACUGCUCGUCGCGGGAAACCGGCUCGCGGACCCGGCCCAGGUCGCCGACGUGCUCGCCGGGUUCCCGCAUCUCGCGCGGCUGGAUCUCCGGGAUAAUCCGGCGACGCUGGGGUUCUACGCGCCGAUCCAGGCGCUCGUGGCUACGGGAGAAGGGGGAGGAAAAGGUGGGUUCGACCCGUUUACGCUGCCGGACGCGGACCCGGCGCGCGACGACAAGUUCUCGAGCCGCUCGGAUAUGGGCACGCGGAUGCGCCGCAGGUUGUACGAGCUCGUCGUGCUGGAUAGGUGUCGCCGGCUUAAGAUGUUGGAUGGCUUGCCGGUCGAUGCACCGGCGGCGGGGGGAAGCGAGAGAAGCAGGAAGGGGAGGAAGGGGGAUAAGGUGUGGGAUGCGCUGGUGAGGAGUGGGGUUGUGAAGAUUGGGGAUGAUGAUGAUGGUAGUGGUGAAGGUGAAGGUGGUGGUAAUGAUGGCGAUGGCAGGACUAAGGACGGGUCGGUGGCUGCUUUGUCGUAGGGGUGCGAGGAUAGCUUUGCUUGAUUCCGUCUGUCUGUCUGUCUACCUGCCUGCCUGCCUGCCUCGGUCAGUCUGUUCUGUUCAUCGGCUCUCUUAUUAUCGCAUUACCUGCCUCAUAUUACCUGUUACCUAUAUUGGAUAGGACCAGACCAGCCCAGACCAGCCCAUAUCACAUCACAUCACAUCACGUCGCAUCAAGUCCUGCUAAGCCGGGCAAGAGAAAAGAGAGAGAGGCUUCAGUUCUUUG